GACAGGCUCUGAGGUGCUGCUGUGGCGGCGGCCGCCGGGCUGAGGCGGGUGGGAGCUGGAGCCGAGCGCGGGCUGAGGGAGGAGGGCGGCGACUGGAGAGCGGCGAGCCGCGUGGGACCCGGAGCCUCUUUCACUUUUCCCUCCCGAGUGCCCCCUCCCACCCCUCCCACUCCACACACACCCUGUUUGCCCGUGAGCCUGGGGAACUUGCAGCUUAAAGCCAGCCACCCCCACGGCAACAUGUACCCCAGCAACAAGAAGAAAAAGGUGUGGAGAGAGGAGAAAGAACGUUUGCUGAAGAUGACCUUAGAGGAGAGACGCAAAGAAUACAUAAGGGACUAUGUUCCACUGAACACCAUCCCAUCGUGGAAGGAGGAGAUGAAGGGCAAGAGCCAAAAUGAUGAAGAAAAUACUCAGGAAACAUCACAGGUGAAGAAGAAUUUGAGUGACAAAGUUUCUCUGUAUAGAGGUGACAUCACAUUGCUAGAGGUGGAUGCCAUAGUCAAUGCGGCAAAUGCCAGUCUUCUUGGAGGAGGAGGUGUGGAUGGAUGUAUUCACAGAGCAGCCGGCCCCUGUUUGCUUGCUGAAUGUCGUAACCUGAACGGCUGUGAAACCGGACAGGCAAAAAUCACAUGUGGCUAUGACCUGCCUGCAAAAUAUGUCAUCCAUACCGUAGGACCAAUAGCCAGAGGCCAUAUUAAUGGUGCCCACAAGGAAGACCUUGCAAAUUGCUAUAGGUCAUCGCUGAAGCUGGCGAAAGAAAAUAACAUCCAAUCAGUCGCAUUUCCCUGCAUCUCAACAGGCAUUUACGGUUUUCCAAAUGAGCCUGCUGCGAUCAUUGCCCUGAGCACCAUUAAGGAAUGGCUGGAGAAGAAUCAGCACGAGGUCAGUCGGAUCAUCUUCUGUGUCUUCCUAGAAGUCGACUUCAAAAUCUACAAAAAGAAAAUGAGCGAGUUUUUCCCUACAGAUGAUAAUGAAGAAGAAGACGUGGACAUGAAGGAAGAUUCAGAGGGGCUAGAGCCAAAAGACCUCUCUCCACCCCACAAGAAGAGCAAAGCCAAGAAGCCAGAAUGCCCCAAAGACUCUAAUGAGGAUGAGAACGGUCCAGAGGAAAAGCAAAGCAUGGACGAGAUGGAAGGGCAGAGCCAAGAAGCAGACGAUGCCAGCACUGCUCCUGUGCCCAGCCCUUCUUCAGAAGAGGCAGCUGAAGUCUGCAAAGAUGAAGAUUCUGCAAAGGAUGACAAUACUACAAAAGACACUGAAGUAAUGGAUCAUUCUGUGUGUAACCAAGAUCAUCCUGAUGGACAAGAGAAUGAUUCAACGAAGAAUGAAAUAAAAAUUGAAGCAGAGUCCCAGAGCUCACAUAUGGAAACAGAAGAGUUUUCAUCAAACCAAGAAGACACCACGAUUGUGGAGCAACCACAAGUGAUUCCACUAACAGAUGACCAAGAAGAAAAAGAAGGUGAAAAAGCUCAAGGCGAGGACGCACCAAGAGUUCCUAUGAGCAGCGAAGGCUCUGGCGACACAGAAAACUCUGCAAAUCCUGACGUUGAAAUGAAUAGUCAGGAUGACAGUGUAAAUGACCCAACAGAGAGUCAGCAAGAAGAUUAACUAACAG